AUGAAGUUUCCUGUCAAGUAUCUAAGGGCUCUGAUAGCAUUGAUCUGUUUUCCAACACAGGUUUUAUCAGCAGGUGCAGCUGUCCAUCUGAGUUUGGCUUCAAGAGUUUUCCAAUUCUUACCUGACGACAUCAAGGAUUUUCCAGAAUAUGUGUUAGCUGGUGCCUUCUUCCCAGAUGCUUUCUACAAUUGUGGGAACAACCCUAAUGCCAGUGAAUAUGCACAUUGGCCUCCGUUCCUUGCUCAUGGGGUUGAAUAUUACAAUGAUCAAUACAGUGAUAAUUCCAACAGCGAUCAAAGAAAACUCAAGGCGUUCUUAUAUGGUAUUUUCACUCAUCAAGUUACAGAUUCUUCAUGGCAUUCAAUACGGCUUGAACAGGGGUUGUUGAAGAUGUUGGCGGUUAUGGAUUUUGAUCAAGACAUCAAUGAUGCCCAUUCAUUUUUAGAUACGGGUGGUGAUUUUCUUCAUUUACUCAAACUUCAUGAUUAUUCCUUAUUAAACACCCAGUGGAAAUAUCCAAUGAAUGAUGUCCUCAAUAUUUUUGAGAGAGUUGGUAUCCCAAUGUCAGCUACGAUGGUAAAGUAUUGUGUGUCGAGCGGACAGGCCGCAUUACUUGCUGAGAAGACAGUCCUGAAUCGCGUUGGCCCUGUUUACGCACAAUCUUCUCCUUUACUUGAUGACAUUUUGGAAAACUAUUACCUUGGAGGGCUACAAGAGAUUUCAAGCUCUAUUGUUAAGUGUUUGCCAAACCUUGGUUUAUGGUUCAAGUAUGGAGCUUCAACGGACCCGUGGUCUUUAUGUGGAGCAAUUAUAAGCCCAUCCGCCACCUCAAUGAAUGAAAUUCAAGUACGUGAUGGCACAUACCUCACUCCAUUUACUCCGUUGUCAAAUUUUGGUUCUUCAAUUAGCAUUGGGAAUUUCAUCAAUAAUGAGUUGGCACUAGCUGUUGGGGCCCCAAAUGAGGAUCAAGUUGGCUCAGUCUAUGUUAUUCCCUUAAGUGAAAUUGAAGCGAAUAAAAUGGGGACAACAAUGGUUUUGCAUGGCUCGUCUAGGGUUGACUUUCAUCUACCAAAACGGUUCGGGUCUGCUGUUACGAGUUAUAAAUUACUUGGGCAAGACUUCAUCAUUGUUACAGAACCAGGCACAUCAAACAUUUAUUUAUAUUCGGGAAAUAUUAAAUUAGUUACCAUAUCUGAUUUUACUGCAAGAAGUGAUUAUGGUUCUAAUGGGAGGAAACAAGAGGCCAUAUCAAUCGAAAUUUUUGACUUUGAUGGUGAUUCCAUUCCUGAUAUUGUUGUUGGCUCUCCAUUGAGUGACGAUUCACGCGUUCCACAAAGAGGGACUAUUCAGAUCUUAUCAGGUAAACUUUUAUCCUUGAUAUUGAUGAACUCACGUUUUGGUCAUGAGAUUGAUAUCCAUUCUAUACAAUUUCAGGAGAUACACCUUCCAAAGCUGUACCAAUUGAAGGAAGGAUAUGAACAAUUUGGUGCACAAACAUCUGUUAAUAAGGAUUACAUUUUCACAAGCUCAAAUGGAUUAGGUAUUGUUUUUGCCCUUUCCAGGUCUAGUGGUGAAGUUAAACAUACUAUUUUUAAGGAUAAAAUUGAUGGCCUUCCAAUAGCAAGGCAAACUUCAAAGGAAUCACAUAGAUUUGGGUCUAAUUAUAUAAUGAAUGUUGAGAUCGAAGGUGUGGAAUUGCUAAUUGUGAGUGCUCACAGGUACACUGAAGGUUCGUGUAUCGGUUGUGGAGCAGUAUUUGUCUACACUUUAGUAAACAGUGAUAUCAAGUUUUUAACUAAACUCACCCUUGACAUCUCAAGAAAACAUAUGCUUUCAAAGUUUGGAUUUGCUGCCUUGGUUUCAAAUGGAAAACUUUACAUCUCAGCACCAGGGUAUUUGACAUCCGGCGCAAUAUUCCGUAUAUCAUUAAGUGAGAUUUUGCACUCCCACAAGGAACAUGUUAUUGUUAGAAGUAUUGCAUUUCAAAACCAAGCUGAUGAAUACACUGGAUUUGGUGAAGCCCUUGCAGUUUCGACUGAUCAGGGAAAACUCAUUGUUGGUUCACCUAAUUAUGGGUUUCAACCUCCAGUCCACGACAAUAAUAAGCUUACAGGAAAUGUUAUAAUAUACAACAUCUAA